AUGUGGAAAUCUAUAAAAAGUACUGAUCUAUCACCAUUAAAUAUUGAAGAUAAUAAUGAAGAAUCAAAAAUUAAUAUUGAAAUCGAUAAACAACAAUUAUCAUUAAAACAUCGAAAUAUAUCUCAAUUAAUUCUUGCACGUAAACUUCAAAAUUUACAAGAAUUUGCUAAUGCAUAUCAUUUAAAUCUAUCAAAUACUGAUGAUAGAUUAUUAAGAACAGAUACAGCACGUGAAAAUGUUCAACAAAUGGCUAAUGAUAUAUUAGCAAGUAUAGAAGAAACAAAUCGAAUUAAUUUAGGUAGUUUUGUUGCACAAAUGGGUGGAAAUAAUCAUAGAUUAUUAACUCGUUUUCGUAUGCAAACAUUUUAUCAAGAAUUAGUUGAUGUAAUGCCAUUAAAAUGGAAAGAAAUAUUUGAACAAUGUCAACAACAAUCAACAUAA